AAGCUGCUUUAAGUGAAAACUGUAUCUGGCAGUAAAAAGUUCUAACAUAAAUAUAGAUGGAAUAACUUUCACUGAUAACGUCAUUUAAUCACGUUCCAUGACGCUGCAACUGCUACGUGGUGUGCAUAAUUCAUUUGCAUUUCGUUUUCAAAAUUAUAGUAGUCAUCGUAAUCUACGCCGCCAUUGCAACUUAUUACGUAGCCAAUACCGUUAUACGGAGUGGGGAGGGGGACACAGACGUGCGAGGGGAGUUCGUAUCAACGGUGCGGGUGCGGUUGGAGGCGUUGGAGCACGAGUUUACUCUGUCAGUCGGUCAUUACGGUAUUUCUCUGUAGCGCGUCCCACAUUUACGAUUUUGAAAGAAAAAGUGACAAUGCCAGAAAAUAAACCGUUUCAACGUCUUCCUAAAAAUGUUGUGCCUAAACAUUAUGAACUACAUUUGGUACCAAAUCUUGAGAAAUUUACAUUUACAGGAAAGACUAGGGUGAAAGUAUCGAUUGUAAGUUCUACCAAAGAAAUAGUGUUAAACAGUUUAGAUUUGGUAUUAACGAAUGUCAAACUGCAAUACGAUGAAGGUGAUUCAAUUACUACUCUUAAUCCGGUAGAAGUACGAUUAGAAUCGGCUGACGAAACUGCAGUUAUAAUAUUCGAAAAAACUCUACCCGUCGGCGAAGCUGUACUGCAUUGUGAAUUUACUGGUGAAAUUAACGAUAAAAUGAAAGGUCUUUACCGUAGCAAGUACCUUACUCCAGGUGGUGAAGAGCGCUAUGCUGCCGUCACGCAAUUUGAGGCAACUGAUGCCCGUCGAUGUUUUCCGUGUUGGGAUGAACCUGCUAUUAAAGCUACUUUUGAUAUAACAUUAGAAGUUCCGGCCGACCGGGUUGCUCUAUCAAAUAUGCCUGUUAAGGACGAAAUAAUUAAGGAGGAUAAAAAAAUUAUGGAAUUUGAUACCACACCGAUUAUGUCAACAUAUCUUGUAGCAGUUGUUGUUGGUGAAUAUGAUUAUGUAGAAAAGACUUCACGCGAUGGAGUUUUAGUGCGUGUUUAUACACCUGUAGGAAAAAGUAAGCAAGGCUUAUUUGCUUUGGAAGUUGCAGCAAAGGUAUUGCCUUAUUACAAGGAAUAUUUUGAUAUAGCUUAUCCUUUGCCUAAAAUAGACUUAAUAGCAAUAGCAGAUUUCUCUGCUGGUGCUAUGGAGAAUUGGGGACUUGUUACUUACAGAGAAACAUGUCUCCUGGUUGACGAAGAGCAUACAUCUGCGGUUAGGAGGCAAUGGAUAGCUUUAGUUGUGGGACACGAAUUAGCUCACCAAUGGUUCGGUAAUUUGGUAACUAUGGAAUGGUGGACUCAUCUCUGGUUAAAUGAGGGCUAUGCAUCAUUUGUAGAAUUCCUUUGCGUCAAUCAUUUAUUCCCCGAGUAUGAUAUUUGGACACAAUUUGUAACAGAAACAUAUAUAAGAGCGUUAGAAUUAGAUUGUUUAAAGAAUUCACAUCCUAUUGAGGUGCCAGUGGGACAUCCCUCAGAAAUUGAUGAAAUUUUUGAUGACAUUUCAUACAACAAAGGUGCUUCUGUCAUACGCAUGCUACAUAAGUACAUUGGUGAUGAUGAUUUCCGUAGAGGAAUGAAUAUUUAUCUCACAAGACAUCAGUAUAAAAAUACUUUCACUGAAGAUUUAUGGGCAGCUUUAGAGGAGGCUUCUAAAAAACCUGUGGGAGCAGUGAUGUCAACAUGGACUAAGCAAAUGGGUUUCCCAAUGGUUGAGGUCAGUUCAGAACAGAGAGGUGCAGACCGUGUUUUAAAAUUGAGUCAACAAAAGUUCUGUGCUGAUGGCAGUCAAGGAAAUGAUAUAUUAUGGAUGAUACCAAUUACAAUCUCAACUCAGGAGCAACCUUCAAAGGUAGCAUUAUCUACAGUUUUGGAGAAACAAUCGCAGGAAGUUAUAUUGAAAAAUGUUGCUGAAGAUUCUUGGGUGAAGCUCAACCCUGGAACAGUGGGGUAUUACCGGACGCGCUACCCGGCCGCCAUGCUGGAGCAACUGGUUCGCGCCGUGCGCGACGGGUCGCUGCCGCCGCUCGACCGCCUCGGGCUGCUGGACGACUGCUUCGCGCUCGUGCAGGCCGGACACACCAACACCGCCGAGUCUCUUAAACUUAUGGAAGCAUUUACUGAUGAAAAUAAUUUUACCGUAUGGUCAUCGAUAUCGAAUUGCCUGUCAAAGCUGAGUGCGCUGUUUUCACACACUGCCCUCGACAAACCUCUUAAAAAUUAUGGGCGAAAAUUAUUCUGUAAUGUUACCCGGCGAUUGGGUUGGGAUGCUGAAGAAAAAGAAAGUCACCUGGAUACACUGCUUCGGAGUUUAGUUUUAAAUAAAAUGAUAAGCUUUGAGGAUCCUGACACCAUCAAAGAAGCUAAGAGUCGGUUCGAGAGGCACUCGUCGGGCGAGUGCGCGCUGCCGGCGGACCUGCGCUCGGCGUGCUACCGCGCCGUGCUGGCGGAGGCCAACGAGGCCACGUUCCAGCGCUUCCUGCAGCUGUACCGCGCCGCGGACCUGCACGAGGAGAAGGACCGCAUCAGCCGCGCCCUGGGCGCCGUCAAGGACCCGGCGCUGCUCAAGCGCGUGCUCGAAUUUGCCGUUUCGGAUGAAGUCAGGGCACAAGAUACUGUUUUCGUUAUUGUGUCGGUGGCAGUUAGCAGAAAUGGACGUGACCUGGCCUGGCAAUUUUUCAAGGAUCAUUGGCAGGAGUUUAUGGAUCGCUACCAGGGUGGCUUCCUCUUGGCGCGUCUCGUGAAAUCGACAACAGAGAAUUUCGCAUCAGAGGCGUGCGCCCAGGAGAUCGAGGAAUUCUUCCGCACGCACCAGUCGCCGGGCACCGAGCGCUCCGUGCAGCAGGCGCUGGAGACCGUGCGCCUCAACGCCGCCUGGCUGCGGCGCGACCUCGCCUCCGCCACCGCCUACCUGCAGCCUUACCAUUGAGCCCGACCAAAUAAGAAAAGACUGAAAUUUCAACGAAAAUCGCAAGUUUAUUUCAUUCGAGUAAAAUGUAUCUAACUAAGGAAAGUUAGCUUAUUAAUUUAAUUGUUGACUUAAUAAUGUUAACAUUUAAAGUAUUACAGAAUAUGUAACUCGAGUUAAGUUUUAUAUCAGUUAACUGAAUUAUCUUAACAUUAAAAUCUCUUUAAAACUUCUGGGUUUGUAAUAAAAAUAAAAAAACCGUAGUUUUGGUGUCUCACUAUCGGAAUUCUAAUAUUUCUUUUUAUCAUGUAUAGCAUUUGUUAUUGUUAUUAGAUUUGCUAUAUUCUAUAAUUGUAUGUAGUUAUAAAAUUGUUUUACAUAUUACAUUAAAAGAGAGAAUAAACUUAGUCUCUUGAUUGACGUUUGUAAGGCCAUACCAAAUAGGCAUAUUGUGUAAAUGUGUAAAAAAUAAUGUUAAUGUAUAAUUAUUUUAGUUUUGUUGGUGCUCAGUGCAUUUCUAAGUUUGUUUCACUAAAAAUGAUAAUAUAUGCAUACAUUGAAAUAUGUCAUAGGUUACUCUUUUGAAAUUGUUAUGAAAAAUAUUUUUCUAUAACUUUCAAUAUUCCUUAAGAGAGUUUUUGUGUCGCAUUACAAUGGAAUGUCUUCAAAUUGUGUGAUGUAUGAAAGAAUUAUGUUGAAAGUUACCAUCAUUUAGGUUCUUGCUUGUUGUCAUGAUUUUUUUGUAAAAGCUUGUGUUAUUGCAAUAAAUCGUACAAAAGUACCUGCA